AUGUCAAACUUUAGAAAUAGUAUACUUGUAAUAAUUUGUGGAAUAUGUUGCACAGCAGCACUUCCUAAAGAAAUCUUGACAGCGCCAACAUUUAGCAAAACUUAUACAGUAAAAGGAACAUUAUAUAUACCAUAUGCUGAAAUUCGAGAACCUUUCUAUGCCUGGUAUAAUGGCAACAGUGGAUCUAGCAGGAUCGAUUACUAUGGAGGCAUGGUUAAAACAUUCCAAUUGGCUAAUAAAGGAAAAUAUGGAGCCAGCAUAAAAUUAGCGCCUAUUACCACAGAGACUGUUAGCAAUGAAGAAACAUGUCUUCAAGUGAAUGGUACUAAUGAUUUUAAGAUACAACCUCAGACGAUUGUUCCAGAUACAUCUGAAAUGGAGUGUAUUGGAGAGGAAAUGAUCAAUGGAUUAUUGUGUGAAAAAUGGCGACUUGUACAAGAGAUCGGGGAAAAAACGAAUAAGUACACUCUCUGGAUACGUUAUAAGAAAUCACCAUCUCUACCAAGAGCUAAGGAGCCUAUUCCUGUGAGAUAUGAAAUGAGAGGAUUUAAUAGUUUGCUAGGUUCACAUUACGAUCAUUAUUACAUAGAAUAUGAUUGGUAUUCCUUUGACAAACCUUCUGAUGAUGUCUUUAAAAUCAUAGAAGAUAUUAAGUGCGUAAGUUUCCCGGGCCCAGGUGAAAAUCAUAUAUACACAUUUAAUCCAAUGCGUGAAUUCAUUCAUAAUUAUGAAGAUCAUUUACAUGUAGCAUUUGACAAAUUCAAAAAAACUCACAACAAAAAUUAUAAAAAUGACUUGGAUAACAUGUAUCGUAAAGACAUAUUUAGACAAAAUAUAAGAUUUAUUCAUUCUACAAAUCGUGCCAAUUUGGGUUAUCAAUUAGAUGUAAAUCAUCUAGUAGAUCGUAGUGAUCUGGAAUUGAAGGCUUUACGAGGAAAGCAGUAUACUCCAGGUUAUAAUGAUGGAGCAUCGUUUCCGCAUGAUAUCGAAAAGGAAAUCGCAGAUGUACCCGACAGUAUAGAUUGGAGAUUAUAUGGUGCUGUCACACCAGUCAAAGAUCAAUCUGUUUGCGGUUCUUGUUGGAGUUUUGGUACUACUGGCACGGUAGAAGGUGCAUAUUAUAUGAAAUAUAACAAAUUAGUGCGUCUAUCUCAACAAGCUCUCAUUGAUUGUUCAUGGGGUUUUGGUAAUAAUGGCUGUGAUGGUGGAGAAGAUUUCCGUUCAUAUCAAUGGAUGAUGAAACAUGGUGGCUUACCUACUGAAGAUGAUUAUGGUGGUUAUUUAGGACAGGAUGGCUAUUGUCAUAUAAAUAAUGUAACAUUGACAGCUAAAAUCACAGGUUUUGUUAAUGUCACUCCGCGAAGUGUAGAGGCUUUGAAAAUUGCCAUUGCCAAACAUGGCCCUAUUUCUGUUGCUAUCGAUGCUUCCCACAAAACAUUCUCCUUUUAUUCUCAUGGAAUAUAUUAUGAUCAUGCUUGUGGCAAUACUGAGGAUAAAUUAGAUCAUGCUGUUUUGGCCGUUGGAUAUGGCACUAUGGAUGGAAAAGGCUAUUGGCUGAUAAAGAAUUCUUGGUCGAAUUACUGGGGCAAUGAUGGGUACAUUCUAAUGGCUCAAAAGGAUGAUAAUUGCGGAGUUCUUCUCGCUCCUACAUAUGUUACUAUGUAAUUAUGAUUUUGUUUCUAAAGAUUACUUAUUUACGCUCUCUAAUAUUCGCAAUAAAUAAAUAUAUAUUAAAAUAUAAUUGAAAAAUGGAGAGGCUACAUAAAAUACGCAUAAUUGUUUAGCUACAUAUUUCAUGAUAAACAACAAAAUGUAAUCAAUUGUUGAAGAUUUACUAUAGAAAAAUGUGAUUAUUAUAAUGAAUAAAAUAAAACAUUUUGUAACUAAAA